AUGAGAACAUACAUUGGCCUUGCAAAGGCUCCAAUGAACAUAUACGGCAAUGUCGUUGGAAGUUCCACAUCUCUAGAUAAUUUGCCAUUGUUAGCCCAUGAUAACAGCAAGGUUACCGGCGUCAAAGAUAUUCUAACAUAUUUAAGGAAAGAGAAUUAUGGUCUGGAGUACCAGCUUUCUGAUUCAGACACAAUAAAGAUGGCCGCAUUGAUAGGAAAUAUAGAAUCCUGUUUGCUUCCUGCAAUGAAGUACUUUUUGUGGAGUGAGCCUAAUGUUUACUCGAUGUAUACUCGCCGUAUUUACUCCCAUGAUUUUAAUUGGAUUUAUGGUGCUUAUCGACUAUAUCAAUGGAAAUCACGGUACACUCGUGAAGCACGAUAUUCUCAACUUGAUAAUUGCUAUAGAGAAGCGACUGAUAUUAAAUUGGUUCGAAAUUCGGUAAAUUCAUACAGUGUCUUGUAUUCCUGUCUUAUGCAUUAG